AUGUAUGCUCGUCGUACAUCCAGAAGAGUCAUGUCGGACGAUGAAGAAGACGAGAAUAGAGUAACCAUUGGCACACGAGUUGGGGAAGGACAUCGAAAUUAUAAACUCAUGUACGAUAUGUUGACAGGUAUUCGAACAGCUGUGGGUCGAGUAUCAGCUAAAAUUGAAAGGGAACUCUGUGAAGAAGAUUUCACUGCAGCCCAUAAACUAGUCUUUGACGAGAGUGGAAACGAAUUAACACCGGGUGUGAUGUACGAUUUUAAAUUCAAAGAUUAUUGUCCCUGGGUAUUUAGACAUCUUCGACAAUCCUUUCAUAUCGAUGCUGCAGACUACAUGAUGUCGUUGACCAACAAGUAUAUUCUUUCCGAAUUAGGCUCUCCCGGUAAAAGUGGCAGCUUUUUUUAUUAUUCCAAAGAUUAUCGAUUUAUCAUCAAAACCAUACCCAAAUCAGAACACAGAUUCAUGCGAAAGAUCUUACCACAUUAUUACGAGCAUGUAAAGAAUCAGCCACAUACGUUGUUGUGUCGUUAUUAUGGCUUGCAUCGCAUCAAAUUACCUCAUGGACCCAAAAUUCGCUUCGUUGUCAUGGGAAACGUAUUCCCCAGUGACAAGGACGUGCACGCGACCUAUGAUCUGAAAGGAUCUACACAGGGUCGUCGUACCACAGCAAAAGAAAUCGCACGCAAUCCUCAAGCUGUGCUUAAAGAUUUGAACUGGAUGGAGGCUGCCUGUUUAUUAGAAUUGGGGCCUGAAAAAAAGAAGGAUUUUAUCGAACAGUUGCACCGGGAUGUUGAGUUGUUGAUCAAGUUAAACAUCAUGGAUUAUAGUCUGCUAGUGGGUGUACACGAGCUCAAUGUGGGAAAUUCAAAACAUAUACGAGACCAGUUGGUCAUUUGUGUAAGAUCUCCACGUUUAUGUAUAGCUCAUUCAGAGACAAUAGAACGCGUGAUGAAACGAGACAGUCGGAUUGAAGUAAGAAAAUCGAUAAAAUUUGAAGGGCCUAUACAAUUAGAUGCAUCGCAAGUGCUAACUGUUGGACCACCUGGUCGUAGGAAGUGUAAAUUCUAUGCAGAUCGUGGAGGAUUUACGUCAACAGAUGGUGGUGAUAAUGAAACGAAUACGCUCUAUUUUUUGGGUAUCAUUGAUAUUUUGACACCGUACAACUUAAAAAAGAAGGCCGAGCAUUUGGUCAAGGGAUUGGUUCAGGACAAGGCAACAAUUUCAGCAGUCAGACCAAUGAAAUAUGGUAUUCGUUUCGCUGAAUUUAUAGAGUCUAAUGUAGGCGUAAUCAACGAAAAACAAUAG